UUACACAAAAUAUAAUAAAUUUAUAAUCCAAGUCAAUCCCUUAAACUCACGAGCUUAUCCUAAUAAUAACAAUUAACAUACUCUUUCUUAUUAUUGAUUCAUUUCUCUCUAUAUAUAACAAGCACAAUUGUAACCUUUGAAGAAGUCCCAUAAUAUAAGUUUCAUCAUCUUCUCCCAUAAUAAUACUAAAAGCAAAAUAAACCAAUAAAUUCCUACUCUUCCAUUUUGCUUGGUUAAAAAAAAGAAAGAUCUUCUUUGCCUAUUUUAGACCACAAAAUUUCAAAAUUCAUUACAAAAACAUCAGACAACCUUUUCUUCCCAUUUAUCAUCAGUUUUCAUAGAUAUAUUACUUUCAAUCACAGAACUUUUUUUUUUGUUCUUUCUCAUUUUAUUUUUGUCUUAAAUUAAAGAAAAUAAAUUAAAAAGCUGAAGUGUCAAUUUCUUCGAUUCGUUUUGCCCCAAAAAUAUUUCUUUUGGAUCGUCUCCCUAUGUUUUGCUAAGCCACCCAUUACUAGUACUAUCCUCUCUUUGUCGAGUCUCUUUCUUUCUCUGAUCAUUUUUUUCUCUCUCUUUUUUUCGUGUGAACUUAUAUUCAAAACCCAAAAAAAAUUCAAUCUAACAUCAAUAAUAAUGAUGCAAUUUACUGAAAUUUCAAAUUUCCCAACACCAAACACAAUUUCUUUCCAUCAAUCUACAACCAUGAUGAAUAGAAUUAGGCCUUGGCCUGGUUUUACGACUUCGAAACAAAACACUUCCUCUUCUUCUUCUUCUUCAUCAUCUUUCAACAAGAAUAAUUGUAUUAAUAAUCAUAAUUUAGGUGAUGCUAAUUAUAUGGAACAACUUUUAGUACAUUGUGCUCAAGCUAUUGAUAACAACGACGCUACUCCUGCUCAACAAAUCCUUUGGGUUCUUAACAACAUCGCCCCGCCUGACGGCGACUCUAAUCAACGACUCACUUGCGCUUUCCUCCGCGCUCUUAUCCUUCGCGCUGCUCGUACCCCCGCUUGUAAGUUUAUACUCAACUCCGCUACUAGUAACAACAACAACGACAACAACAACAACAGCAAUAUUAAUACUAGUACGACUAUUACUACUAGUAGUAGUAUAGCUUGUGGUAUAAACCUGAAUAUACACAAGUUCUCUCUUCUGGACUUGGCUAAUUUUGUCCACUUAACACCGUGGCACCGCUUUGGGUUCACUGCGGCGAACUCAGUCAUCCUAGAAGCCAUUGAGGGUCGCACUGGGGUCCACAUCGUGGACCUCAGUGUGACUCAUUGCAUGCAAAUUCCUACUCUUAUUGACUCCAUUGCUACUCGUUACCAAGGUAGGCAACCCCCCACGGUUACACUGACCGUGGGGGCGUUUACCCAACAAGGUCCGCCGAUGUUUGAUUUUAUUUGUUAUGAUGAUCUUGGUGUUAAGCUUAUUAACUUUGCCCGCUCUAAGGGGGUGGUGCUCGAGUUUAAGGCCGUCCCCACCACCCCCUCGGACGGAUUUGCCUCUGUCCUAGAUGAGGUUAGGACGAGGCAAGAACAAAUGAGAUUUCUCUAUGGAAACCCUCAUCAUCAAGAAGAGUUGGAAGAAGAAGCUUUGAUCAUAAAUUGUCAAAUGUCGUUACAUUACUUAAACCACGCAGAGCCAGAAGAGGACCCUAGCGUGGUGAUGUCAAUGAGGUCAAUGUUUUUUAAGGCAUUACGGAGUUUGUCCCCGACAAUGGUGGUGGUUGUAGAGGAAGACGUAGAUUUUACGUCUAGGAAUCUGGUUGGAAGGCUAAGAUCCGCGUUUAAUUAUUUUUGGAUACCGUUCGAUACGGUGGACACGUUCUUGCCUAGGGGGAGUAAGCAAAGAGAGUGGUACGAGGCCGAUAUUUGUUGGAAAAUUGAGAAUGUGAUAUCUCAUGAAGGGGACCAGAGAGUGGAGAGGCAAGAGCCGAGGACACGGUGGUCACAACGGAUGAUGGAGGCGGAGUUUAGGGCGGUCGGGUUGACGGGAGAGGCAACGAUGGAGGUGAAGGCAAUGCUAGAGGAACAUGCUACAGGGUGGGGGUCUAAGAAAGAAGAGGAGGAUAUUGUGCUCACUUGGAAAGGUCAUAAUGUUGUUUUUGCUACUGCUUUGGUACCUUCUUAAAUUAGUUCAGUACUAAUAAUAUAUGAGUAGUCAUUAACAUUCUUAGUCAGUGUUUGAUGUUGUGUUUGAUUAUUAGUUAGCUUAGCUUCAUCCUUAUUUAGGCAAAAUUGAUGUUAUUGGCCUUAUUGCCACUACUAAUAAUUCACUAAAUUGACGCCUAA